AUACUCGAUAGCACGUUUGUUUGCAUUUGGCAAAGCUCAAAGUUGGGGCAAAAUGAAGCUGCAGUAUUUGUUAUUUAUUUGCGCGGUUUUUGGCGCCGCCGUUGCCAAUGACACGCCCAAAGUGAAAAUAGGCGUUAAGAAGCGUGUGGAAAACUGCACGCGAAAAGCCAAAGGCGGCGAUUUAAUACACGUGCAUUAUAAGGGCACCCUACAAGAUGGCACCGAAUUCGAUAGCAGCCACAAUCGCGGCAAACCAUUCUCCUUCACGCUGGGCGCACGCCAGGUGAUCAAGGGCUGGGAUCAGGGCCUGCUGGGCAUGUGCGAGGGCGAACGCCGCACGCUGACCAUUCCACCCGAACUGGGCUAUGGCGCCAGCGGUGCGGGCGGUGGCAAAAUACCGCCCAAUGCGGUGCUCGUUUUCGAUGUGGAAAUGAUCAAAAUCGAGGCACGCGGCUCCGAGGAGCUGUAGAAGCAAGCAGUAAAAGGCAACCGUAAACAAUUUGGUGCACAUUUGAUUAGAAAACCAAACAUUUAUUAAAAAUUAAAUAAUUAUAAACAUAA